AUGCGUAUAAAAAAAAAUUCUUAUUUAAAAACAGAUAUAUCACUAAGAGAAAUUUUAGAUACAUAUCGUGAUAAUAAUGAUCUAUUGAAACAAAUUCUUGCAGCUAAAGCAGAAGAAGAUAAGAGACGAGCAGAAGAAGAAAAGUAUAAAACAGAAGCUGUACGUUUACAAUGUAAGCAAGUGGAAUUAGAGAUGUUAAAAGAGCAAAAGAAACCACCGACUAUUAUCACUGGAGUACCACCGAUGAAUUCAUCAAGUAGUUUUAACAUGAAAUCACCUUCAGAUAUCAGUAGCCCAUACCUUCCGAUACCACCACCAAACGAUACACAUUUUCCUGCCACUGCCACUACUCCAACAAGUGCGACACGCUUAUCACCACCAUCAUCAUCUAGUCAUGGAAAUGAUAAUGUAUCUUAUAAUCAUAAUGGGAUAUCUUCGCAUAACCAUUCUUAUAAUCCAUUGAGUCAAAGGCCUUCAUUGACAUUAUCCAUUCCUUCGUUCCCAAUUAUAACGGCAUCACCAACCACAAUGCACAAUCCGCAUCCAUUUUCCACUCCCACAAGUAGUGUUCAAGAACAUCCACCUUCAGCAUCAUCCCAAACAAACAAUUAUUCACAAAGUCCUACUACAGGUGGUAAGCGAUCCAAACCUUCUUCAGAAUCAGAAGUUGAUCAUGAAUACGUUAUGGAAGCACUCAGGCAGAAGGUGCAAAGGAAUCAGGAAAAUCCGGCAAAAAAGUAUAUGACAGUUUUUAAACCUAGAAGUUCAAAACAAGUUACUAAGAGUUGA